ACGAUUAAUCACUGCCUGGCAGUCGCCAGUUCUCUUUCCGGUGCCGUUUUUCUCUCGAACGGUUUUUUUUGUGUUGUUUAUGUUUUGGAUGUGCCAUCUCUUUCCAUCCUACGGUUGAUACUUAUCUCGCUUCACACGCGUGACGGGGUUCCGCACUACCCCACAACGUUUCGGUGCCGUCGCGUAGUUCGUCGAAAUGCAGCAUCAUUACACUGGCAGAGUUCAGUUUGUACUGAAAUCUCGUGUCGGCUGGGUCAGUUCAUUCAGCAAGUGCCGCGAGAAGUAGGCAUAGAUUGGGUGCGUAACCACAGAUUCGCGGUCGAUGUGCGCACCCCGUGCGUAAAUUGCGUAUGAGCGGAGAUAAACAAAGGUCGCAACAUGGCGCUACGAUUGCCGUACUACCUGUCAUGGACAAGAAUUUUGAUAGUGACUGCCCUGCUGCUGACUUUGGAACCUAUUCUUCGGAUCCGGUGUAUGUCCGUCGACCAGGACGCUACCUGCAGCCAUUUGGAUCGGAACCUUUACCAAGAUCCGGAAACGGCCGGUCCGAUGAUUGAGGAGGACUUUCGCGGUCACAUCACGGUCCUAUACAGUGUGGCUCCGUCGAAGCCUUUCCUAACGCGCCGCAUCUACAAAGAACGGGACCCAAUAUUUUUCAACAAAAUCCUGUUCGACGAACAGAUCGAGCUCUACCACACUCUGUUGGACCGCUUCGAAAGCAACGGUUUCCGGGACGUGCAGUUUAUUGUGGCCGCUACCGAAAGUCUGCAUCCGAAUGAAACGGACUUUGGCGAUUUUGACGAUUUUCUGGACAACGCAACGAGCAUUGCCGCUGGCCACAACAUCUCGGUUUACCCGAAUCCGCUGAAUGAAAAUGGUACCUUUGCCAUGUUUGGCCUGAAAGAAUUUCAGGUGUACGUGCUGGACCGGUGCUCGCGAAUUGCCUACAUCAUCGAACCACCAUGGAGCCUAAUCCAGUACUCAUAUGUGAAGGCCGCCGUACUGUCUACGCUGUAUGAUCGACCAUGCGGCGAUUGUGACGUCGAUAAUUUUCUUAAUUCAUCGUUACCGGAGAAGAAGUUUGAUGUAGUGCAGUUGCAUUCAACGACGGAUUCGUCAGCUGCUACAAUGGAGGAGGCAACCGUUCCCACAAAUUCGAACAGCACCCAGGAGGACGGUUCUCAAGACGAUGACGAUGACAUACCGACUGAGGAAGAUCCGGAUCUGGAACGCAUUACGGAAGAGAUUGACGUACAGAGGCCAAGCAUAAUGGAAGCGAACAUGACGACCAUCGAAAACGAUCCUUUCGCAAACCUCACCGUGUCCGGUCCGGAGUUGUCAUUGCCGUUGAAAAUCAUUAUUCCGGCAGUUCAUAUUCACUUCGAACAACCGAAGCCGAAUAAUUCGUACGACAAGUACGCCUACAUUAUUUUUCAAAGCGACAAACCCCUGGAGCAUCAGCAUGAAAUUGAAGCCAAAGACAAUGAGACAAUCGAAUCGCAAUCAUCGCUGCGGGAGAUUUCGCUCGUGAACGUUACCGCCAACAGCACUACCCUACGGGUGGUCAACGUCGAGUGGCCUCUGGACCAGUUGCGUGAAAUACUCAACACUUCGAGCAUCUACUAUGAUGACAGUACCACGCAGGUUUACCGGAAGUUGGCUCGGUACGACGCUUCCGGUGUCGAGGAACUGGAAGAACUAUCCGUCGCUAGCCAAUUCGCUGCCUGGAAGCGACGGCAGGCGGAACGGACCGAACAGGCUAAAACCGAGAAGCGCCAGUUCAUUCGGAAGCACUACGAACGGCUGAUACAGUGGCUGAACUGGCAAUUUGAAAAAUCCUGAUGGCUGAUUACGGCCCGUGAUAGUGAAUAACUUCAAAACUUAAAUACUCUCUCAUAGUGAAGCAAAAUAUUUUUUACUUAUUUUUUUGAUAGAAAAUACAUUUUUCAAACG